UAAAAGAGUUAUUAACUUUCAAUUCCCAAUGCAUUUGUUGUAAGGAAUUCUUGACAGUACAUGAGUGUUUUUGGUCUAUUUUCGCGAAAAUUGUCGGUUUUUGUGUGAAUGCUAAUUAUUGUUUAGCAUUCUGGCCAGCAAUCAGGCAGAGUUUUAUUGCAGGAGACAGCCUUCCUUUAGGGGCUUAAUGAGGUGUAGUGAUUCAUAUCAAACUAAUCUGACUGCGAUUUAUUGAUGUAGCAAAAGUUAAGAGUUUCUUGCUCUGACAGAAUUGGAAGCUGACAGAAGCACAGAGAAAACGUAUUGCAGAGAACACAAUUUGUCUCCAUUCCAAGUCUUAAUUACGGCUAAUUAUUCAACGAGUUAAAUGCCAUUUUUCUGUGACACACACACAGUGCACGGUGGUGGAGAAAAAUUUCCUGUGAAUAGAAAGAGUAACUUCUGGUUGGCACGCUGAGCCUGGAUCCAAGGACUCAAUCUCCUGGUUCUAUCUGAGUAAUGGGCAUUUAGUGUGUUAGGUGAUGUUUUAUUUCGUUCCCAGUCUAAAACAGUGAUGAGAAAUGGGCACAUCAUUCCCAAACAGGAGACAAUUUCAGGGAAAAACAAUUUCCAUGGUGACCGAAGCUUGUCUUUAUUGACAAGCUACUGAUUUCCAGUUCCGUACCAUUUUCAGCAGUGCACUUUGAAUCCAAUAUAUUUGAGACCAAAUGGAUUGGUUACAUGCAUCUUUGAGAGUGCAAAUGAUAUAGAACAAAAGAUCUGCGUUGUCAGGAGAUUUUACAGACAAGCACUGGAAAAUUAUUAAUUAGACCAAUGUCUGUGAUUUUUAUAACCUGCUAGGCAGUAUCAGGGACCGAGCAAUAGUUGCUGGAGUCAGUGACAAUAAUGCUUCGUGGUUAUCUAUAAGGAUACAUUAUUGGAAAAAUGUAAUUUGAAAAUAUUUGUCAUUGGAACAUGGAAGAAUCCCUAUAGAUUUGUCAGAAGAGACGAAUCUGUGUGCAGUUUAACAGUGGUGGAGUUUAUGACUGGCAAUUUUACACAGUACGGGAUAGACAUUUUUUUUGGAAAAGGCUUAAAAAGGAUGACGGAAAUCAGAAGAAGGAGACCGUACAGGAACAAGAGUGGAGGGGGCAAGAACGGCUACCUGAAAUCCCGCGGGGGUCAGGGAGAGGCAGUCACCUACUUAGGGAUGUCCCCACAGCAGUUGCUGACCAAUGGUGCUGGUCUGUUGGUGUGUCUGUGGGUGGGAUAUAAGCAUGCUUCUUACAUGGCUCUCAUUCAUGAUAACAAUACCUGGUUUUCGAGCAUCAAGGAGGUGGAGAGAGAGAUAUCAUUUAGGACAGAGUCUGGGCUCUACUAUUCCUACUACAAACAGAUGGUGCAAGCACCGUCCAUUUCUCAGGGCUUGCAUUCAUUGGUCUAUGACAAUGUGACGGAACAUCCCGAUACAAUCAAUGUCCUCGAGAGGAUGAACGUCUACCAAGAGGUUGUCCUCAGUGUCCUCUACAGAAUUCUACCCAUCAAGACCUGGAUGCAGCCCAUCUUUUUCUACAUUAACUCUGUGUUUGCCCUCCACGCGAUGCUGGUGUGGGCUCUGUUCCUCACCGCCUACUUCCUGAGUGGCUCCUGGUUGGCCGGUAUUUUGACCGCCUGUUUCUACACCUUCAAUAAGCUGGACACGACGCGGGUGGAGUACAUCAUUCCUCUGAGGGAGAGCUUCUCCCUGCCAUUCCUGUGGGUCCAGAUAGCGGCCACCACCUACUACUUCAGACACAACUGUUCACCUCAGAAAGAGCGGCUGUCUGUGUUCAUCAUCUUUACGUCCACUCUGUGCUUCUCCCUGUGCUGGCAGUUCAAUCAAUUCGUGCUCCUACUCCAGGCCUUUGCUCUGUUUGGUACCUGGAUCCUGGACAUGGUACCUCCCAGGAAGAUACAGAUGCUGUUAGUUGCCCAGAUGACCUCUUUGUUGGUUACAUGUUUACUACAGUUCAUCAACAAAAUGAUCCUGGGGUCUCUAGUCAUGAGCUUUAUUCCAGCUGCUCUGUUACUCAUUUACCUCAAGGGAGAAGAGAUGAAAUACUGUAGCAUUCCUAGUCGAAUCAUCAAAGUCAUUGGUUAUUCACUGACGGUUCUGGUUUUCAUGAUUCUCUUACAAAGAGUUGUCAAGCUAUUACUUGGAAUUGAUGCAGAUGAUCAUAUCUACAAAUUCAUCAUGUCAAAGUUUAACGUAGGGCAUGCUAGAGAUUUUGAUGCGUUGCUUUAUCUAUGUAUUGAUGCUUUUGGAUUCCUCCAGUUCGAUACCUUUGAGAGAUUAACAAACGGAGUUGUCUUCCCUUUAUAUGUAGUCACACAUCUUGGAAUGCUGAUCAUCUUAUUUGUUGCAGUUUUACAAAACUGGAGCAACCAUGUACAUGACACCAAUGUAAAAGAUCACUCAAGUGCCAAAAAAUUCCAUCUUUUGAGUUCUCGACCAGAACUUGCGUAUCAUGCAGUAUUAGCG